AUUGUCAGGUAUCCAGAUUAUAGUGUAUUUCCUUAAGAGUAGAGUUCAGCCUCUUCAAGCUCGCAAAUUCCCUCUCUGGAAAUAUACUGGCAACGAAGACGUGGACCGGCUGUCGGUGGAUUUGGAAGUCAAGGACCUGGAGAGGCUUGUCCGAAAAAUCACGUCCCUCAGCAAAAAAGAUGCCAUCCCUUCUUCUUGUCGCGUAAAACCAUACAGCGCCACCCAUGCGCUUCCUAAGAAUCAUCCAAAUCUUGUUUCACUUCCUCCUCUUCCUGAAGGUGGGGAAGUCGAAGAAAGGACCGUUAUCUCUAAUGAUAACCAAGAGGCCUCCUCUUUUGUGAAUGAACCCGCAGAUUCUCGUAAAUCUGCGGGAUCUGCUGAAAAAGAUGCUGCUUCUGAAGACACUACAUCGGCCCAAUCUCCUCCUCCUGCUGAUUCUCCAAAGAACAAAAGGAAGAGGGGUGAUGUCGAAGAUUCCGGGACUUCUAAACCCGAAGAAGCUGCUCCUUUACCGCAAAAGGCAGCUUACGACCCAUAUCUUGCGAGUAUCAUCAGUUCGUAAGUUCCCUCUUUUAUUUUCCUAUUCGAAGAAUUUUUGCUUGCCUUGCUUUUUAUACUGCCACCCUUUUGCAAUAGUGAUGAUGACGAGGAAACGCCAGCUUUGGAUGUGGCUGCUCGAACGAGUAUGUCACAUACCCUAGUUAUUUCAGAGCCACGAGUUGAAGGAGAGGAAUCCUCGCCUCCUCAACAAAACAUCGGCGCUUCUACUCCUCCUUCGAGCCCCCGAGCCCCUUCACCGAAAAGGGCAAGGACGGAGAUUGUCUCGGAGCCUACUCUCCAAUUGAGUAGCUCUUCGAACCUUCUCAUGGAAGAUCCUGUGAUCAAGGAUCUUCUUCGCAUCGGUGCCCAAUUUGUUGGGUACCGUGAAUAUGCGAAUAAAGCUGAAGAAAAACUGGCGGAAGCCAAUGAUCGUGCCAAUACACUUGCUCAGCAAUUAGAGCAAAGUGAAAAGGCUCGCAAAAAGGCUGAGUCAGAUGCUAUUGAUGCACGAGCAGAGGCUGAUAAAGCCAAGGCUGACGCUGCUGGUGUCGAAGACCUUAGAAAGAGGCUUCACACCGCUGAAACUUCCCUGAGCGAUCACAUAGCCGCCCAAUCUGCUCGCGAGGAGGCGAUCCGUAAGCGUUUAACGACGCAGAGUCGCCGCUUCGUAGCUAGAACAGCUCAAGAAUUUCAACUUGAUGAACCCGCCAAUGAUUCUCUUCUUGACGCCCUUUCACUUCUUGAAGUUCAUGGAUCAGAGGCACGCGGAGGCAUUGAUCAAGCUAAAGCGGGGUUGUCGCGGCUUUUUCCUUACUUCUUCCCAAAGAAAGAGGAACCCGCAACUUUCCUUGACCUCGCCAAGUGUUUCAAUCCAUCUGAAGAUCUUGGGUUAAGGGUGCGCCAUGAGAAUAUGAAGAUUGCCGUGGAAAAUACUGUCGCCUUGGUUGCUGAUAGCCAACAAUCUAUCGACUGGUCGAAAGUUGGCGACACUGAUCAGAUAGAACAGUCAAGGUGGAGGUCUUUGAUCAAGGCAGCUAAGCCCAACACGAGGAAAAUCCUGGCUUAUAUCGGGAUCAAGCCAUCUUCGACUCCUAGCUCAUCAAAGCCGGAGGUCUAGUUGAAUGCCUCUGCUUUUUCUUUUUUAGCAUUCCUCUUUCUUUUGGCUUUGUCGCCGUAGUGUUAUUGGCGAGAACUAUUUCAGUAUCCCUCUAGAAGGUCCUUCUUUUGU